AUGGUCAUUGUAACCACAUCUAGCAAGAAGCGGAAAAGCACGAAGAAGGAGCGUGGCAACUUGCGGCUCUGGGCUGAGGGUGUACGAGAAGAAAUCCUCCAAAAGCAUCUCAAUCGUGUUUCGGAGGCGAGGCUUGGAGGAACAUGGGCGCAAGAAAGGGCUGCUAUCCAGGCGGCGUGCAAUGAGUAUCAUGCACGUAUCCCUUGGAGCACCCCAGACCACGUGGAGCCCGACGUUGUGCAUGACUAUGACCCAAAGGCUCCAGCUCCGUUUGAAAACCUGACGGAGGAGGAGGAGAAGGAAAAGCGUCGUUUCAUUGCCGUGUCCAAUGCUCGUAUAACCCGAUGGUAUGCGUACCGUAUCAGAUGUACGCUCAAGAAGAAUCGGGAGAACAUCCUCGAUCCCCGCAAGAAUCCUUUUGCCAUCCUGCUUGGCAAGCUCUCUGGGCUGACCCGCGCGCCCAGAGCACGGCAGCCUUUUCAGCAAUUCCAACGGGAAUCGUGGGCAGAUAAGAUUGCGCCAGUGGUUGCUGUCCGUCGUGCAGAGCUGCCCUCGGGUGCCCCCUACCGAGCUGGCUUUCGUGCAGGCGUUGCACGAGAGCUUUUUGCGGGAUUGACAGAGGAAGAACGGGAGGGUCUAAAGCAACGGGCGACGGCGGAGGCAGAGAUGAAGAAGCAGGAGUAUCUGGAUGGGCUGAAGGCCGAGCCAUCUCGAGAGCCAUUGGACGUUCACAACGCCAUCCGGGCCAUUCGCAGCGUCAUGAAUCCUAUCUUGGAGGGUAUCCACAAACGAACUGGGCUUCAAGCGCAUCUCAUUUGCGGGGGACCCACACCUGAGUUUGGCGGCGAGAUCCGCACACACAUUAUCUCAUACGGCGAAAACAAUGACGCUGUCCCAGUGUCAUGGGCUGAGUGGGAUGAGGAGCGAUUCACGCAGAACGUGCGCAAAUUCUUCAUUGAGUAUCUCCACACGGUGUACACGGCAGAGGACACCGCAGCUGCAGCACUUCCGCAACACGUUCUGGACACCCUGAUCCACCAGGGUGACCUGUAUACAAUGCCCAAAGAAAAACCUCGUGGCGAUGAUGGUCCCUCUUCCGACAACGACGACGACGACGAGGAUGUCAAUUCGACGGAUUCAGAUUCGGAUAUGGACGCGGUGGCCCUCGCAAACGCGGUGAAGAAGAAGAAAGCACGUUAUGCGAAGGAGAAGAGUGGCAAGGGAUCGAGCACAACAAAGCAGAAGGCGGGGAAGUCGGUUAAGAAGCAUAUGCUCCAACCCAAGCCGAAGACAAUGACGAACGCUGCGAGCAGCUCUGCCAGUACCCAAACCGAGCUCACACUGCCCACAUCCUCCCCCACUCUCCCCGCCCCAUCCUCCAGCCCUGCUACGCCUUCGACCGCUCCAGCACCUCCACCGUCUCCGGGUGCUGGGUCCCAUGCAACAUCCCCCUCAUCGUUGUCCGCGCCAUCUCCGGCCAACUCUCGCUCGCCGUCGCCAGUAUCAUCACGUGCGCCCAGCCCGACGACCAUCACAUAUGACAGCCCGAUGGGCCCAAUCACGUAUGCGGAUCCGUGGGCGCACCUUCCCUACGAAAAGUUGACAUACAAUCAACAACGACAACGACUGGCGGCUCGCAACGCAGCCUUGAGAGAUGCAUUAGAUCUCAAUCAAGCAACGGCGAGGGCAAUGGCGGGGGACGUCAACAAGGCCAAGGUUGUGAAGAGGAAGGCAUCGGAGAAGCAGACUCCGCUUCCACCAGAGAAACGCAGACGCUCGUCGCGAUUCCAGACUGGAGGUGUCGAAGUGCCUGCUGGAGGUGCCGGACGUUCUGGGUCGCAGUGUGGAGAGGGUGACGUCAUGGAAAUUGAUAUCUCUGAUGCGGACGAUGUACCUGCUCAUGAACCCGAUACAGACGAUGUGCCCACUCCCGAACCUGAUACGGACGAUGUACCCGCUCCCGCCCUUCCCGACGCAGACAAUGUGCCCACUCCCGAACCCGAUACGGACGAUGUACCCGCUCCCGCCCUUCCCGACGUUUCGGAGAACGCCAGUCCUGGUGCGGGGGUCCCUGUCGCUGCCGAGACCACGGGCGACGACGACCCCGAUCCCAAUGCCGACACCAACGUUGACAAGGCUACAGCCAUUGCUGGCGCUAAUGACGCUGUUGUUACACGUCCACGUCCUCGUUGUCCCGUGAAAGCUGCCGUGUGGUUCCAGGAUGCUCACAAGCGUUUCAUAACCGUAGACCUCGGCGUCAAUUUUGACAGUGUGAUAGCAGCGUGGACGCGGGUCGAGGAAGCAUCGCGAUACGCCGCUAGUGAUGCUGGUCUUGCCACCGAGCACCGUCCCGCCGCUGUUACCACCUGGAUUCGGGGGAAGCGGAACAAGAUCCCACGGCUGCCGAAUAUCGACGCGUAUGCGAUGCAGUGGGACAGGUGGUGGUCGUCGUUACAGCCAGAAUGGCGUGUCAAGGACACGGUGGCUGGUGCGGGGUGGUCCCGCGUGACAUAUGGAGGAGACGGACGCGAGUGGGGCCCACUAUAUAUAUGGGGUCCCAACGGCACACAGAGCCUUCUGGGGGCGUUGUACAUGUGGGGUAUACAGUUGCGCGAGACUGGAACAGCAUCGCAGCGAGCCUCGUGGGAGGAGGCAGUGCAGGAUGUGGGGUGGAUGCUUGAGGGUCUGGCUACGUACUACGAGCUCUGGAAGAAAAAGGGUGCUUGGUAGGGACGCUAGAUAUGCACAGACAAUCAUUAGAUAUAAUCUGACAACAUUGUAUAUGCAGAAUGAUUCCUAUCUCGAGCCUGCGAGGAUCCCGAGCUGAUUCGGCGGUCCCAACGUCGCGCGGCGCAAUGCGGCGAUCCCGACGGCGCACGUGCAAAAGCGGAGUGAUGCGGAGCACGCGCGGCGCAAUGCGGCGAUCCCGACGGCGCACGUGCAGAAGUGGAGUGAUGCGGAGCACCCUCAUCUGAUGCGGCGAUCCCGACGGCGCACGUGCAGAAGCGGAGUGAUGCGGAGCACCCUCAUCUGAUGCGGCGAUCCCGAAGGUGCACGUGCAGAAGCGGCGAAGCGCGUGCUCGGCGGGAGGUGAUGCGGAGCGCCGAUGGGUAUCCCGACGCUACGGGCGAUUUGAUGGGCUGAUGGAAGGCGCCCUGAUGUCCCGGGGACUGCCGACAACAGGCCAGAUGAUGAUGCGCUAUAGAUAAGUACAUUGAUGACAGCUUGACGAUCCCGCCCCCUAGAUCCCACCGUCCAUCGCCUGCAAUCACUCAUCACUCAUCACUAUCAGUAUCAGCAACAGCGCCGAGCAUGCCGCCACGCUAUGGCUGUGGGAGGUAUGCAUAGCCACCGUGCAUGGCAACUACCAUACGUUAGGAUGGGAUUUCUAUGGUAAGAGCCAUGGCUCAUUUAACUAAAUCUUAGAGCUAUGGCUCCGACUUGACGUUGUUGCCGACGUAGUUGACCUUUUGGGCGUACUUGUCCUGCCGCGCUUUGAAUCCGCUGGUGUACUGGGGGGGAAAUCAGCCAAAGUGAAUUAUUUUCACAACGCGGUCUGGUAUGUGCACACCUUGGUCGCAAUGACCAGCUGGUCUCGGAUGUCGCGCUUCUCGGCCCAUUCGCCGAUGAACAUUUCCGAAGUCUCGUCCUGGCUGUGGGUCGCGUCAGACGUGGGGCAGAGACAGGCAGC